AUGUUGACGCGUGUAGAGGAGGUAAUGCCUGGAGGAGGCCAUUAUUCCAGCCGGCUUAUGUUUGCAAUAAUGGCAAUGAACACCUCCAGAGGCCUAUUAGGUGCACAGAGGACAUCUCAUUUUGGUUUCCGAAGGGAGAAGUAUGAUGAGGAUGAAUUUAGUAUUUUAAGUAGAAGUAGGAGUAUGGCAAAGGGCAAUUUACUAUCAACUAAUGGCCCCACAACUUGCGUUGGAGCAAAGGGAAACUUGCCCCACUGGCUCAGAGAAUGCUUUCCUCUGUAUGAUCUUUCAUGGUUUCACUGGUAG